AUGUUGGUCAAGUUUGGGAAACAGUUCAGCUUCAUCUUCAUCUCUCUCACUGUCAAUCAGUCAGUCUCUCUUCCUCCUCCCAUCCCUAAUCCCCAUCCAUCUCUUCCUCCUCCACCUCCUCCAGCUCUUCCUAAUCCUCAUCCAUCUCCUUGUCCUUCUCUCCCUCCUCCAUCUCCUCCUCUCCAUCCAUCUCUUCCUCCUUCUCUUCCUCCAUCUCCUUCUCUCCCUCCUCCCCCAUCGCCAUUUCUUCCUCCCCGCCCAUCUCCUCCUCCUCUUCCUCCUUCUUCACCUCCACCUCCUCCUCCUCCUACCCUUAGGAAGCCAUCCGGAACCCGACAGUUUCCCCUCUUCGGCGAGAAUCCCAAGUCAUCUCAAGAGAAGGAGAGUCCUUCAUCUCUCCUCUUCUAA